CACUUUUUUAGAGACGCGAGAGGCUUUCUCUGUUUUUUUCUUUUUUCCUUUGGCUUGAUUCCGCUGAAAACGAAGGUUAUAGUCUAUAGGAGAGUAGAAAUCUGAUGGGAAAGAGAAAAGAGCGUCGAUUUGCGGCCAAUAAUACCGGCCGUCGUGUCAAGCUUGAUCUCUUUGCGGAACCCUCUGGAGAUUUGGGUGGCUCAGAUGUGCGUGAUGGAGUUGAGAGGGAGCAAAAAGAACCUAAUGAGUUACCCAAUUCACCUUCUUCUUCAGGUGGGUUCCAUCAGCUAUCUUCAACUCCGCUAUGUAGCAACGCCUUUAAGUGCUCGACAUCUUAAUGGUGCAAAAUUGGGAAUUCUUGUUUGUGUUCCAAACACAUGUUAUGUUGUUUGCCCCUGAAAAUUUCUUCUCAGAGUAUAGAAUGGCUGUGGUCUUGGGGACAUCGUGUGACAUCAGUUCAGGCCAAGCCACGGUGAUAUUAUGAAUGAGUUGCUCUAUUUUGCAGCUUCAAGCUUUAUGGGGACUUUCUUCUGGGCAUAGCUCCUAGCGGUUCGUAUGUCUCUGGCUGUUUUGGCUUGCAACGCUUAAACUGACGGAUUUGUCAUUAAUUUGUGACAGGUCAGAAAACAGAAAACCCUUUGCUUUUACUUGGGCAGUAUAGUGAUGAUGAGGUGGAAGAGGAUUCGGUUGAGAGGGCAGAUGAUGCCACUGCAGAUAGUUCCCUAGCCGUAAAGAACGAGCAGGUUGAUGGAUUAAUCCACGAAGGACAGAAAGAAACAAAUAUAAAAUCUUGUGCAGACACCACCAUGCAGAUGGUUGAUCAACAGCAAACAGGGGAGGAUUCUUCUGCACCUGAUUUUAAGGCUGAAGCGGUUAGUGGUUAUGUCGCAGUGAGUAACUCGGCAAUCUCGGAUAGACCAAACAAGCUGGUAGAUUCGUCAGUUCAAGCAUCUGGCACCGUGUCUUUGGAGCACCAUGCUCCCACAGAUGUUACUUCGCAGUGGAAGAUGAUUUUGCACGAGGAGAGCAAUCAGUAUUAUUACUGGAAUACAGUAACUGGGGAAACAUCUUGGGAAAUUCCUGCGGUUUUGACUCAGACUGCCGGUGCAUAUGGGACUGGGUACAACGAGCCUGGGGCCAUGGUUACAGAUGCGUACACCCUGAUAUCUGGUGUUGAACCAAGCUAUUUUCAGCAACCCGUGCAAAAUAUUUACACAGGAACUGAUUGUUCAACAGCUGAGCUGGGUGAGAGAAGCAAAAGUGAAGAUCAUUAUGUCAAAAGCUUAGGAACUGAUGGUGAUCGAGUUGAAUGUCAGAUAGACUCUGCUGUUAAUUACCAACCAUGUCAGGAGGAACUUGAAGGGCCAGGAAAUCCAGAUCAUGGGAAUGCUACUUUUGAUCAAGGAGCGGUUACUGACCUCCCGUCUCGCCUGCUGAGCCAAAGCGAAAGCUUACUGGAGAAGCUGAGGUCUCUGAAGAAGUCUCGUGGGAACGUUCACAGCAAUGAGCAGAUAUCAAAGUACAUUCUGGAGCUUGAAGUUAGGCAUUCUGAUGUAAAGGCGCUUAUAUUGGAAACCUCACCUUUACUUUCUUUUUGGCUCCACACUGAGAAACAACUGAAGCGAUUGGAAGACGGUGUUAAUGAUGAGAUUUAUGAGCUUGCAAAAUCCGCAGUAAUGGAAGAAAUCGCAGAACCUAACAAAAGCUCUCCCAAAGAUAAGUUGGUAGCAGAGGCUAAUGCAGAAAUUGAAUCCGAGGACAGUAGGAAAGAAGGAGAGUUAGCACAAACUGGAAAAACUAUUCAUUCAGAUGAAUCAGCUGAUGUGGGUGGUGAUGGAUCUCCCAGCUCUGUACGAGGCCAUCAAGAUCAGCAAUCUGUUGGUACUCCUUCAGGUGAGAUGCUUCAGAAGGCUGGCUCUCCAGUUGUGGAAGAUAUUGACAUGGAUGUGGAUAUGGAGGUUGAAGAAUCAAUUCCAAUAUCUUCUGUUCAAGUGAUAGAGGCUUCAGAUGGUAAGAUGUCCAAUCAGACAGAGCCAUCCGACUUUCAGACGGAUAUUCCACCACCUCCGGGUGAGGAAUGGGUUCCGCCACCGCCGUCUGAGAGUGAAGAUGUCCCUCCACCUCCACCAGACAGUUAUAGUGAACCAAUUCCACCACCACCUCUCGAAAGUGGUCAUGUACAUCCACUUUUGUCAAGUGAUUCUCUGGGAGUUUCCUAUACCGUACCACAAUCUUAUAUGCAGCAAUCUGCUGAUUAUGCGGCACAAUACAACUUGCCCUAUUCGGAGUCCAGUUAUCAAUAUAUUACCAAUUCUGUUGCUCUAGCUCCUAGCACUCAGUUCUAUGGCCAUGUCGAUGGAUCUCAAGUCUCUCUGCCUCCGUCGGCAUUUUAUUAUGACACUGUUCCUGGUGCAAGUGAAGUAACUCCUGCAGCAGCCUGUGCCGGUGAAGCUUAUUACGAUUUCAAAGGUGCAGCUCCGCUGUUUCCUGUCGUUAGCUCUGCAGAGUCAUUGCCGCAUCCCAGUGGAGUUGGUUCUGCUAAUUUCAAUAUCCCAAGCAAUUCUUCUAUAGCUGUAGAGCAUAGCUCCAGAUCCAAUGCCUCUGCUGAAAUGGCAUCUUUGAGCAGUGCUUCUCAAUCCACAGAUGUUACUGGUGUAUCGUCUGUAUUAGCAAAGGGUCAAUCUAAAGUGAAACGGCCUAAAAAGCGGACAGUUACUGCUACAUCGACAUUAAGGUCAAAUAAGAAGGUUUCAAGUUUGGUGGACAAGUGGAAAGCUGCAAAAGAGGAGCUAAACGAUAGUGAAGAAGAAGAAGAAGAAGAUUACGGGAUCCUAGAUAGAAAAAGGCGUAAGGAAAUCGAAGAAUGGAAAUCCCGACAAAUCGCGAGUGGAGAGGCCAAAGACAAUGCAAAUUUCCAACCUCUCGGUGGUGACUGGCGUGAGAAAGUGAAACGGAGGAAAGAACGAGCAGGAGGUGAUGAAGCUGCGGAGUCUAAGAAAAAAGACGAAAAGCAACAAAAACCUGAUCUGACCAAACUCUCAGCACAUCUCCCCUCGGGAUGGCAGGCGUAUUGGGACGAAUCUACCAAAAAAGUUUACUAUGGGAAUACAAUUACAUCUCAAACCUCUUGGACACGACCCACCACCUCCUGAACUGCUGAACCAAAAAAGUUUUCUCGACCAAAAUUUUUUUCUUCUUAUUUCUACAAUAGAUUACUUUUAGGUUUCCUCGAUCUUGAUGUAAAUUUAUUAGAGAGCCCAUCGUGUUGUAGAUCUCAUCAGAGCCGUGGUCACGGUAUAAUAUAAAAAACAUGGGCCUAGGGCCUCAAUUUUUGGAGAAAAA